UGUCUCGACGCCCGCCUCCUCGGCUGGCCGUCGGGAACGCUGCUCAUCCUAGCGGUCAAGCAUCGAGAGGCUCAUUUCUGUCCUUUGUUUCCUUGUUAAUUGAUUGACGAUUGAUUAGUUGGACAUCGAUUGUCCUCCGCCGCUUCUCCUCGGCCUCGCCCACUCCAGAAUCCCAACUCGGCUCCCUCAACUCUGACUGGCCUUGACCGCCACACACUCACCCGCCAUGAGUACCUCAACUGCAAGACCGCUAAGGAGGCUGCUGCUCUCUGGCCGCCACCCAAUUCUUCCCUCCUCCUCCUCCCGGUCCAGUCGGUGUCGUGUUGCAGCUUCGGCAGUUCGCCUAUACUCGACCCACCCACCCAAAGCCAGACUGAAUGUGCCGAUAGACUACUCGACAACCCCCCUCCUGUCGCAGACGUCGCAAGCCGCGCUCAACAACCCGGAGCUACCGCCCGACGUUCGUAGCGGCUCCACCAAGCGCAUGAACUUAUUCCAAGCCGUCAACGAUGCGCUUUCCAUCGCCCUGGCUGAGGAUGAGUCGGUGCUUCUCUUCGGCGAGGACGUGGCCUUUGGCGGCGUGUUCCGUUGCUCCAUGGGCCUUGCGGAGCGGCAUGGGGGCGAGCGGGUCUUCAACACACCCCUGAGCGAGCAGGGCAUCAUGGGCUUCGCCAUUGGGCUAGCGGCCGAGGGCAUGCGGCCCGUGGCCGAGAUCCAGUUCGCCGACUACGUAUUCCCGGCCUUUGACCAGAUGGUCAACGAAGCGGCCAAGUUCCGAUACCGCGACGGCACCAACGGGCGCAGCGCUGGCGGGCUGACGGUGCGCAUGCCGUGUGGGCUCGUGGGCCACGGCGCGCUGUACCACUCACAGUCGCCCGAGAGCCUGUUCACGCACGUCCCCGGCUUCCGCGUCGUCAUGCCGCGCUCGCCGCUUCAGGCUAAAGGAUUGCUGCUGGCGGCGAUCCGCAGCAACGACCCCGUCAUCUUCAUGGAGCCCAAGGUGCUCUACCGGGCCGCCGUCGAGCAGGUGCCCACAGCACCCUACACGCUGCCGCUAUCCAAGGCCGAGGUGAUCAAGGAAGGAAGCGACGUCACCAUCGUCUCGUACGGCUCUCCUCUCUACACGUGCAUGAACGCCAUCAGCAAGGCCGAGAAGGACCUCGGCGUCAGCGUGGAACUGAUAGAUCUGCGGACCAUCUAUCCCUGGGACAAGGAGUGCGUCCUGGCGAGCGUCCGGAAGACGGGGAGGUGUAUCGUCGUGCACGAAUCCAUGGUGAAUCAGGGCGUCGGCGCCGAGGUGGCAGCUGUCAUUCAGGAGGAUGAGGAGACCUUCAUUCGGCUGGAAGCCCCGGUUGAGAGGGUUGCCGGAUGGAGUAUACCUACGCCCCUGGUAUUUGAGAAGUUUAACGCCCCUGACACUGCGAGAAUUUAUGACCGGAUCAAAAAGGUAACAAAAUAUUAGAAGAAAAGCCACAGAGUGUUGUUUUGUGUUUUUGAGAAGCGGGCACUGUUGCUUGACGCUCGACAUGGCGUUAUACCCCGCGUCAUACAGGCAAUGCCACACGAGCACAGCACUAGCAGCGUGUUGAUAUGCUACAUUGGCACCACCACAUAUACCACACUCAUGAUACUACGUGCAUCUAGUGCGUGAAUCCAAGUAACGUUCUUCUUUUGGAUACGAUUGCCGCAAAUAGAAACCCAGCCAUCGGCGGGGACAGAUUGCUUGAAAAACGAGGACAGUUUACAACGGUUUUAUUUCGCAGGAAGAACCAAAGUACAUAGAAUUACAUGUCUAUUCAGAUAGCAUAAACAUAAAUUUGGUUUUAUCAAAGAGGUGCC